AUGGAGGGACUAAUAGGUACCUUAGCAGCUAUGAUAAUGAGUCGCCCUGAUGCGACAGCCUUUACAAAUGCUGACAAAAUGGCCCUUUCACUAGCUGGAUGCCCUUUAUUCCGUAUGAUUACACUUGAAGGCGACCACAAAGUCCCUUUGCUUUUCCUGAAGAGUAUAAAUAAAGCAUAUGGACCAGUCACGGUCGUUCAUUUUGAUAGCCAUCUGUGA